GACCACACUGUUUCCUCUGAAACAGCUGUUUUCACAACAACAAAAACUGCGAACGCUUUUGUGUUCCAAAUUUUACGUAAUUCGUAUUGUGAAUUAUCCGCCAGCAAAAUGUCGCUCAUCCGCCAAGUGAUGUGCAGAAGCAGCGUCCAGCUGCAGCUGUAUCAGGCCAACAAGCUUGCUGCUGCCGCCCGUUGGGCAUCCUCCUCGUCGACAGACACCGGACCGCUGGACCCCAAGCUGGCUCUGGCCCUGCCCGAAGAGCUGGAACAGCGUAACAAACUCAGUGGCAAGAUCACCGUGCCCACGGCCGUCAAUCUCGGUCCCAUCUCCGGCGUGCCCGACGAACAUCUGAAGGAGCGUCGCGUACGCAUCCACAUCCCUCCCAAGAACGCCAUGCAGAGCGGAACGGACAACAUCAACACCUGGCAGAUUGAGUUCGACAACCGCGAGCGCUGGGAGAACCCGCUGAUGGGCUGGGCCUCCACCGGUGACCCACUGUCCAACAUGAACGUGCAGUUCGGCAGCGAGGAAGAGGCCAUCACCUACUGUGAGCGCAACGGCUGGCGCUGGUAUGUUGAUGGCGCGGAUAAGCCUAAGAAGGAGCGUGUCAAGAACUACGGCGUCAACUUUUCAUGGAACAAGCGCACGCGCGUCUCCACCAAGUAAAUGGCCAACCGCUGGCUAGGAUUCACAUAGACAAACACUAUUUUUUUUUUCCUUCUCUUUGUUCAUAACCAAAAACACCGAAUAAACCGACCGGAACCGGAGAAAUUCGAUCUAGA